CACUGAGCGUGCGCGCGCCGCCGCUUUCGUCAUUCGGCCGCGCCCAGGUUCUCCUCUGCUGCGCCCCUUGGCCCCCUGUGGCGGCGGUGGGUGCCGGAGGUCGUCCGGGGCAAGUUCCUCUCGGCAUUUCCCCAUGGAGGAAGCGGCGUGCACGGCUGCAGCCCCGGAUGCUCGCACCUCCUACGGGACAGCAACGAAGGCUGUGGCCGCGCGAGCUCAGGACAGAGUGACCCGGGCGGCCUGUGUAGGGGUGUGAACGGAGGUGACCGGGGCCGGAUAGGAAAAGGGAAGCUGCGCGGCGGGCCUGCCAACUUUCUUCCUUUCAGGCUCUCCCAGCUGUAAUUGACCUUCAGUUACACAGAAUGGGAACAGAACACUACCAGGUCUGAGACUAGCGAAGCAACUGUUCCUUUCAGGACAUUCACACUGAUGUCCUGUUCUCAAACUGUUUGAAGACUGUGUCAUCCUGCCUCCAGCACCAGCAGUUUCUCGUUCUUGAUCAAUGUGAUUCACAGUAAUUUCUUAAGUAACAAACGAAAUGAGCCAGGGGCGUGGAAAGUAUGACUUUUAUAUUGGUCUAGGACUGGCUAUGAGCUCCAGCAUUUUCAUUGGAGGGAGUUUCAUCUUGAAAAAAAAAGGCCUUCUGCGACUUGCCAGAAAAGGCUCCAUGAGAGCAGGUCAAGGAGGCCAUGCAUAUCUUAAAGAAUGGUUGUGGUGGGCUGGACUGCUUUCAAUGGGAGCUGGCGAGGUGGCCAACUUUGCUGCGUAUGCCUUUGCACCAGCCACCCUAGUGACUCCACUGGGAGCACUCAGUGUCCUGGUAAGUGCCAUUCUUUCUUCAUACUUUCUAAAUGAAAGACUUAAUCUUCAUGGGAAAAUUGGAUGUUUGCUAAGUAUACUGGGAUCUACAGUUAUGGUUAUUCAUGCUCCAAAAGAAGAGGAGAUUGAGACUUUAAAUGAAAUGUCUCACAAGCUAGGGGAUCCAGGUUUUGUGGUCUUUGCAACCCUUGUGGUCAUUGUGUCCUUGAUACUAAUCUUUGUGGUAGGACCUCGCCAUGGACAGACAAACAUUCUUGUGUAUAUCACAAUCUGCUCUGUAAUUGGAGCAUUUUCAGUGUCCUGUGUUAAGGGCCUGGGCAUUGCUAUUAAAGAGCUGUUUGCUGGAAAGCCCGUGCUACGACAUCCCCUGGCCUGGAUUCUGCUGCUGAGCCUUAUAGUCUGUGUGAGCACACAGAUCAAUUACCUGAACAGGGCCCUGGACAUAUUCAACACUUCCAUCGUGACUCCAAUAUAUUAUGUAUUCUUUACGACAUCAGUUUUAACUUGUUCAGCUAUUCUUUUUAAGGAGUGGCAAGAUAUGCCUGUUGACGAUGUCAUUGGAACUCUGAGUGGCUUUUUUACAAUCAUUGUGGGAAUAUUCUUGUUGCAUGCCUUUAAAGACGUCAGCUUUAGUCUCUCAAGUCUGCCUGUGUCUUUCCGGAAAGACGAGAAAGCGAUGAAUGGCAAUCUCUCUAGUAUGUAUGAAGUUCUUAAUAAUAAUGAAGAGAGCGUAACCUGUGGAAUCGAACAACACACUGCUGAAAAUGUCUCCCGAAGAAAUGGAAAUCUGACAGCUUUUCAAUAAGAAAGAUAUAAUUAAAAAUUAACCUUUGUGUUAUAAAGUGAAUCUGAGUAUGAGAAUGUGUCUGAAAAAGCAUUGUUCUCAAAAGUGUUCUCUAGAGACAAUCUUUUUUAAGGUUUCACUAAUUUGGACCAAGAAAUUACUUUUCUUAUAUUUAAAUGACACUAAAAUGACCUCAGUAUCAGGCAAUUUCUAUUACUAUUGUAUUACGGUAGAGAGAUUUUAAUUUUUCCUUCACCAAAUUCUAAAUGCAUUAAUUUUAAUGACAGUUUUAAGACUAUAAAAAUGCUGUUUUUUUCCAUUGGUGAUGAAAGUCUGAACUAUAUGUCUAGAAUCCUCACUCUAUCAAUCCCUGACCAUUUUAAGGCUUUUUGAUUUUAAAAAACAAAAUUAACUCAAUACAUUAUCCUGUAAUUUACCUUACUUAUAAAAAUGACUCAUUUGAUGAAUGGUUUUAAUUUUGAAAUGUUAAGAGAUCCAUAAGUUAUUAAAUGAAGGAAACUCAUUUACAAAACAGGUAGGAAGUGACCCCAUGGAAAUAUUUUUUAGUCUGUGACUUAUGACCAUGCACAUUUGAUGCCUUUCUAGAUGGCACCUUUUUGUUAAACCAGCCCAUCCUUUGUCCAGGUACAGCCUGGCUGGUUUUAUUCUUCAGUUACUCUAAUCCCUUAUGCCUGGUAACUUGAUUACCAUUUUUACAUCAGCUCUUGUACUUUUCAGUAUGCCUUCAUAAUGAGUUAAUAUUGUCAUUUAGCUCUUCUAACAACUCUGGGAAAUAAAAUCAGGAAUUAGGGUAAUUUCUUAAACUUAGCUCAUGUUAUAAUAAAAAGACAAAUUGAAACAAAGUUGUAAGUGUGAAUGCUAAGAAUGAACUUAGGAUGUUUGUAAAAUAGGGUUUCUUUGUACCACCUAUUUUACUUUGCUUGUAAGAGUUCGGCUAGGGCAUGAUGUAGCAUUUCAGUUUUCAGACCAGGGAUUGAACUCCAAGGGCCUCAUGGUAAAAGUGCCAAGUCCUAACCACUAGACCACCAGAGAACUCCCAUAUAUUUUAUUUUUUUGAAAAAAUGCCCAUGAGGGAGAAAAUGUUUACAGAAAACUUUAAAACAUAUGUAAAAAAGGGUUUAGAAUAGUAUAAUGAACUCCACCAGCUUCAAAACCUAUCAUUAUCGAUUAAUUGGCCUUUAAAAUACAAAUAAUUUCCACCUGAAUAGGAAGAAACUAGGCUUAUUUCUGUUCCCAUUCUAUUGGUCACACAGUUUGGCCCACUGUGUUAACUAGCCACCACAGAAGCCUCAGUGUCCACUGGCUUCAUCAGAGUUCACAGUUCCCAAGUUCCAUGAAAUUCCAUUUUCCCAACAUUUUUUUAUUGACACUCUAAGGAGCCUUUGUAGACAUUUUUUUUCUAAUUGCUUCUCCAUGUGAUUUUAACACCACAGAUAUACUCUAUAUUCGCUUAUGUACUGUAUCUGUGCUUUGUAUACAAUAGAUCAGAACCAAUUUUCACCCCCUUGGGUGUGACACUGCCCUCAAUGAGAAUGCGUAGGUUAUAAAUUUGUAAUUGUUUAAAAUCUUACAGCGCUUGAUAUUUUUUUUGGCUCAUAAUUAAGUCUUAUAAAACGCAAUAAUUAAAUUUACAUUUACUCAAUUUUUCAUCAUAGUCUCUACUUUUAUGAUAGGGUGAACACACAGAUAACUUACCUCUUACUCUGCAGCAGAAUGCUGGCCCCCAGGUUAUUUCACAUUACUAAAAGCAACAUUUUUAGGUAACUUUUCUUGUAAAGGAUAUUUUUGUUGUGUGUAAUUCAAGGUUAAACAGUACAAUGGAAUAGUUCACAAAAUUUCUGGUGCCAUGUAUGAUGUUUCUGGACUUCAGUGUUAAUGUUUCUAAAGCCAUAUGGAAGUUACUAUCAUGAUCUUGUCCCUUCUCACAAGGCUGUAGGUGACCUCAAUUCCUGGCCUAGUCUGUGUGUUCAGGUAAGCAGUGUGCACAGAGUCACAGUAAAUGAAUGAACACAAA